AUGUACUCGUGCCGCUCCGACGACGCGCUUCUCGUGCCGGAGCUCGCCGGCUGGUGCAAGGAUGGCUCGCUGGCGCGCUGCACGGUGCUGGUCACGCCGGCGCACGCGGCGGCGGCGGCUCCCUUCCCAGACGUGGCGGACGUGGACGUCGCGUCGGCCUUUGCAACGGUGGACAGCGCGGUCUGCGUGAAUGCGCGUCUCAGCCCGGAGCUCGUGCGGGCGGAGCUGUCGCAGAUGCAGAAGCCGCAUCGCGUCGUGGUGAGUGGGCCAGAGGGCUUCAACGCCGCAGUCAAGGCCAUGCUGAGUCAAAUCGACGACGAGCUCGGAGCUGCAGCGGUCACGGUGUUGAGUGCAUGAGAUCUCGGAGGCUCUGGAGCACUCUCGCUUGAGCCCACCGCGGCUCCGCGCCGUACUGUAUGUUGACCUGUUAUGUCUCGGGCAGGUCGUGUGUCCCCCGGAGGCGCCGGUUCUGCGCGGGCCGCGGCGUGUGGGCGUGACGUGUCUCGUGUGUAUACUCUGACUGUGUU